UCUUAUCAAACUAUUAUACUUACGAUAAUACAUCUGUCAGUAUCCAAUGUAACAUUUUAUAUUUAUAUCGAGCAUUUUUGGUUUUGGAUGUCAGUUAAUUCUUGAAUUUUUGAAAUCAGGACUCAUCUGAACUAGCAUCUAUUGAAAAUGGUUCUCUCUGGAAAAUACAGUGUAAUUGGGGAAGAAAACUUCGUUCAAUAUCUUAAAGACUAUGGUAUACCAGAAGACCUAGUUAAAGGUGGUGGCCAGUUCUCUAUUGAAUUCAAACAAGAAGGUAACAAAGUUACAAUUACUAAAACUACCAAUGGCAAGUCCGUAGUUGUCGCAUUUACGAUUGGACAGGAAUUCGAAGAAGAGUUUUUUGGCCACAAAAUUAAGAGUAACUCAAGACUUGAUGGAGAUGUACUUGUAAUCACCAAUGGAGACAAUUCUAGGACUUUCAACUUCUCUAGCACCGGUUUGGAAAUUGCCCAUAACUCACCUAAAGGAUCAGCAAAACUCAUUUUCAAGAAAGACUAGAUGACAAAAUAAACUUAGAUGACUGUGUGACUUUAAUUUAUGUAAUAUAGUUCUAAUAUUAUAA